AUGAUUGAGCAACAUGUCUUUAGACCAAGCAUUGAACUUCCCAUCAAGCCCUUGCCAUGCCUGUCAACGGUAACAGACCCACUGUGGUGUAUUCAGCUUGAGACGCUUAGGAAAGCUAACAAACCCAAGGUGCCUGCAGUAGGUCCUCAUGUAUGCCGGGGUCCAUACGGUCCACAGUGCUGCAUAGGAUGGGAAAGAUCAAAAUCAUCGGGAAUGUGCAUAACACCUGUCUGUCGUGGAAGCUGUGGAGAAGGUACUUGUACUGCACCAAAUCGCUGUACGACAUGUACGACGACAGCCACCGGUAUCUCUUGUACAAGUUCAGUACCCAGAUACACAGGAGCUCUGCAAGAAGGUCGUACAGGAAAUUCGCAGACGAGAACAGCAACUGAAGAAUGGCGAGUGAUAUAUGAGGAUUCGAAGAAAGUCACCCCUGAUAGAGCUAGUUCUCAUAGGCCAGCUAAUCAACCAUCGGCAUCAUCAUAUUAUAACUCGUGUUCAAGUCUUCGAUGUCAAUACCGAUGUGAGCGUGUUAGUGGGUUACCAAGGUGUACCUGUCCAAAGGGCUACCAAGUGAGGCCUGAUCUACGAACAUGUCAAGAUAUUGAUGAGUGUUUACAAGCUGGCCUGUGCAAUCACUUCUGUAGCAACAAAGAAGGCAGCUUUGAAUGUACAUGUCGCCAGGGUUAUGUCCUGCAGAGCAACUUGAAGACCUGUCUACCGAUUCAGAGGCCAGUUAAUCCCGUGAAUUCCAGGAAACCAGGGACGGCUGCCCAAAGCGGCCUAUACGGAUCCGCCACUAGAUAUGUGCCGAAUGGUUAUGCAACAUCAACACGGGGCAUCUCACCGCUAUAUAGAACAUACACAAGAUGCUCCACUUGUAACCCAAUUAGGAGUUGCCCACCAGGAACAGUUCUCAGAUCUACCUCCAAUGGUGUUCAGUGCAUUGUAUUUCUAGAUGUGGAUGAAUGCGGCAGUUCAAACUGUGAACAUGACUGUGUUAAUGCAGAGGGCGGGUAUAAGUGCGAAUGUAGGCCUGGAUUUGUGUUGUCAGCUGAUAAACAGAAAUGUGUCGAUGAAGAUGAGUGUUCUCGUAGUGAUUUUCCGUUAUGUCAUCAUAUUUGCACCAAUACGAUUGGAAGUUAUCGCUGUUACUGCAGACCAGGAUUUUACUUGCAUCCAAAUGGAAAAUCAUGCAUUGAUGUUGAUGAAUGUCUAAAUACCAAUGGUUUAAGCCAACCUGCUUGCCACCACAGCUGCAGGAACACGCAUGGCAGCUUCCAGUGUCUCUGUCGUGUCGGCUUCACGUUGAUGGAGGAUGGCAGCACAUGUGCAGAUGUCAAUGAAUGCGAGCAAGCCAACCGUUGCUCAGGACGAUGUAUAAAUACAAUUGGCUCAUACACUUGCUCAUGUGGUCAAGGAUACGCCAAUCAGGGAUCUCGAUGUGUUGAUAUUAACGAGUGUGCGACACCUGGUAAGGGAGGCUGUGCGGGUACGUGUAUCAACACAGAGGGCAGCUACUUUUGCUCCUGUGGGUAUGGCUUCCAACUUGGUCAAGAUGGUAGAAGCUGUCAAGAUGUAAAUGAAUGUAGUGCUUAUGGUCAACAAGUUUGUGAAAAGGGCUGCAAGAACAUGGAUGGAUCUUUUCAUUGUGUGUGUCCAGAUGGAUACAGACUACACUCUAAUAAACGCAACUGUGUUGAUAUUGAUGAAUGUAGAGAAAUACCAGGAUUGUGCCACUACCAAUGUCAGAACAAUCGAGGAUCAUACGUGUGUGUUUGCCCCGCCGGAAUGAGAUUGGCCGCCGAUGGCAAGAUGUGCAGCGAUAUUGACGAAUGCGAAGGGCUUCAUGAGUGCGAGGGCGAUUGUCAAAACACAAUUGGAAGCUACCAGUGCACGUGUGAAGGCGGCUUUGUCACCGGAAGUAGAACACGAUGCCAACGAACUAAGCAUUGUACGCCCGAUACAUGUGAUCAUCAUUGCGUGGACACGGCCAAUGGCUUCAAUUGCUUGUGCCGAUCAGGUUACCAGCUUGAUCCAGGUGGUAGAAACUGCCGAGAUAUUGACGAGUGCCACGCUGUUACCAACGGAGGGUGUCAGCACGAGUGCCGUAACACCCUUGGCAGCUUCUAUUGUACGUGCUUACCCAACUAUCGGCUGUACUAUGAUCGACGACGUUGUAUUCCAUUGUCAAGUUGUAGGAAUUGUAAUCAACAACAGUGUUCAACAGGAUUUAGCAAGGAUGCUUCUGGUAGAUGUGUUGAUGGAUCACAUAGUUGCAAGUAA